AUGACGACACAGGAGGCGGCGGUCCUGACCAAGCUCUACCAGCUCGCUGUGGUGUGGAAGGAGCAGAAGGAGAGGAACGAGGUGCAAUGCUCGUGCCGAAUGGCACUCUUCUUGGGACUCCUACAGGGGCUCGAUCGGCUUCGGUCCCUGGAGCAGGAAAAUGCAGAGGCGAAGGCGGUCAAGGAGAGGAUCCAGGAGCUGGGCUACGCCUACCAGCCGGAGGGCAUGACCGAACUGCACUGGCCCUACAUGAGAUGGAAUCAGGAGAAAGGGGCCCUGGAGAGGGUUCAAGAUUUGGAGCCGAUGCUGCAGAGCCAGGUCGUGAGCACGAUCAUCCAGCUGCAGGCGACCAUCGUCGGCCCCAACGUCUUGCAGAAGUUUCAUUCGACGAGGCGGAUGGCGGCAGCCUACCAGGGAGAGACGGUCACUUUUCUGCUCUCAAUUGGGCUGAGGGAUGUCAUGGCCUCGCAGGCGUGGGGAAUGUUGACCACCCUAUGCGGCAACGCCAGCUCCAAGAUCAUCGGUUUGAGGAUGAGGCCAAUCAAGAUGGAUCGGCAGCCGAUUGCCAAGGUGGUGGCAGAGAGGUUCCCUCCGCCACCAGAGCGGAGUCAGGGGCAGCGGUAUACCCAGAGGCAGAGCGAGGCGGUCGAGGAGAAGAACAAGUCGGACGCAGAGCUUUGA